AUGAAACCAUCCGCCGACACGAAAGUUGACAACAUGCGGCCCCUGGCCGCUGAUACGCUCCCCCUCACCAACCUCAAAGGCCAUCGUGUUCGGGUCUUCUGGUCUCUCGAAAUCACCGGCAUGAUCCACUUCAUUUGCCGCCUGAUUGUGGCGGGCAAGGUGGUGGGUUUGUCCGUUAGCUUCGGCCCUUCGGCCGCAGGGUUCAGCUUGGAGUCUCAGCAGAUAUCAUCUUCGAACGCAACAAUACUGUUGAUGACGCCUCUGAGAGGUGGAGAAGGCUUGUUAAUUCCCCUAUAUAAGGCUAUCGGAGAACUAGCUAAGGCAGCCGGGGUAGGCGGUCCACGUUACAAGAUCUACGCAAAAAAAGCGCAAUGGAUGUUUGGUUUGGGCUUUGUUUCCCCGUAUUUGUGGACGCCUUUCGCGGUCGUCCUGACCUGCAACCGCGCGUUCAUCCGGGUAUUCCAUAACGCCGUGUCGCAGCGCCUGGUUUUCGUCGCUUCGCUGAUUCUUUGGGCCUUGUGGUGCCAAAAUGUAGGGCCCUCAGCCUUUGUCUCGAGAUACCCCGUGGCGUACGUGGCUGGAGGGCUCCUUCUCUACGUGCUCCUAGCCUCGGCCCUCGAUAGGUACGAGGUGCGCACGGUCUUCCCCGGCGCAGCUGCUCGCCCUGGCACGUUUCCGCAAUACAGCAAAUCACUAGGCCUACUUCUCAACUGUGCUCAAUGA